AUGCCAUAUUCUGUGUUACUACCUCACUGCUUUUUGAAUAUAUCAAUCUCAAUAUGUCUCUCUGUGUCUUAUAUAACCUUAACUGACAUUGACAGUUACAAGACUACAAGCUUCAACUAUACGCAAGAAAAGCUACUUCAAAGCAACGGCCCCAGCUCAUUCUACCAGCUAUUUUUUCUAGAAUCCAAUACAAAUCCAAGAAAAUCUUCUUUUACAAACUCUGUUUCUGCUGUGGUGUCCGUAAACUGGUGUUCCGGUAGAAGUUCCAGAGCUGAGUCCGAGUCUUCUACUGAUAAAAGCUGCCUUUUUACUCAUGAAUUGUAUUCAAACCUGAGUUUGGGAUGGCCUUGGAAACAAUGUAUACAUUUCGAAUAUUUUGGUCUUGAGCGUAUGUAUGCCGAUAUAAUGUUGAUGAUUGCUCCGCGGAAGACGAUAGGAACGGUGGCAAAAGUAGUAGGAUUUCGCCCAGAAAUCGCUACAAAUGAAAAGUUUGCUUAUGAUCUUCUGAACCUCGAUUAG